AUGGAAAAUGCAAGAAGUGAUGAUACAGUAGGGUCCUCGGAGGGCCGAAUGAACAGAAUGGAACAAAUGCUCACAGCUUUAACUGAGGUGGUAAUGCAACAACAGAGGCAACAACCUUUAUCUCUUUUACCUCCACCAGCCCAAGUUGAACCGGACAAUAACGAUAUUAUUAAUCUGACUCAGAAGUUCAUGAAAAUGAAACCGCCAACCUUUCUUGAUGGCAUUGAACCAUUAAAGGCAAAAACUUGGCUGCUGGAGAUGGGAAAGUUAUCUGUAGUAUUCCCUUGUUCUGAGGUUCAGAAGGUUCUCCUGGCCACUUAUACACUGAAAGAUAAAGCCCGAAGGUGGUGGUUGUUAAUCCGAAACAGUAAUGGGAAUAUGACGUGGGCACAAUUUAAUGCAAUCUUUUAUGAUAAGUAUUUCCCUCAAUGUUUCCGAGAUCGGAAAGUUUCUAAAUUCCAAGAACUUAAGCAAGGGAAGAUGUCUGUAGCUGCGUAUGAGGCUAAAUUCAUUGAGUUGGCUAGAUUUGCUCCUCAUAUGGUUGACACGGAUUAUAAAAACGCUCGGAAAUUUGAAGGGGGAUUAGACUUGGAAGUGUAUGACCGGGUAGGUGUGCUGAAAUUACCUACAUAUGUUGACGUACUUGAUAGAGCACUGAUGGCAGAGGCCAUUCUGGCAGCAAAGAAACAAACUACAGUUCCACCUGCUGAAUGGAAAGGCAAGAGGACCGGGUUUAAUUUCAAGAAGUGCCGAUCAUUUUUGAAGAAGUAA